UUGUGGUGGUUGCUUGCGGAUGGCGAGUACGCUCGACGCUGUCGCCGCGGACCCGGCCCCGUUCUUUCGCUGCGCGUUCCGCAGCGCUAAGCGCGAGCUCUCGCUGCGCUUCUACGGCAAGAACUACCUUGUCGACCGGCGCGCCUUUCUGGCUCACUUGAGCGCGGACGCACUUGUGCACACGGCGCUCGUAGCCGGCCUCAUGGAGGCGCACCUCGUGCUUGUCCGUGCGCUUGCCGACAAGGCUGCGGGGCGAUGCACUGCUGCCGACGCCUGCACGUGCGACACCUUCGUGCGACCGUGGCUCGCCAACGUUGGCCGGGCCGUGGGCUACCCGACAAUGACCCGGCUGCUCGAGGACUGGUGCAUCGAGCACUUGACGGCGCGCACCACGGGGAAGCUUAUCAAGGACAUCUUCCUCUCGUCGCUGCGCAAGUCGGUCCGGUACCAAGGCCAGCGCGCGGCGAUCGCUCGUCUCAUGCUUCCAACGGCCGCACGCGCCGCCCUCCUCCCAGCGCUCGGCGUCUUUCUCGUCGAGCAAGGCGUAUUGCAGUGGCAGCUCGCGACCGCCCCCGCAGCGACGUACUGGUCGGCGACGUGGCAGCAGCUACUGCGACUCGUCGGCGCGGUUCUCGGGUCGGCCGUCGGCGCUGCCAUUGGUACGUACAUCGAGCCCGGCACCGGCACCGUGCUCGGCGCAGGGUUGGGGCAAGUGCUCUUCACGGGCGUCACGGCGUCCGACCGCGUCUUCCUCGACAGCACCCGUCUGUUUGCGUCGCGGGGCCGUAUGUACGUCGUGUCCGUUGGUGCUGCAAGCGUCUUGCUCUACUAAUCGUACGACGACAUUCAUAUUUCAGCACAAUUCUUGUCGACACCCCACUUUUGCACUCACGAAUGGAGCAACAAGCGCAUCC